AUGAAAUGUCUUGUUCAGCCAGUUGUUAUUAUUACAACGUGUGAUCCUAAGAUGAACGGCUUGGGCCGAGCUAUAACAGUUUCAUCAUUUUCAUCUAUUUCUCUAAAUCCUAUGCCUAUUGUUUCCUUCAGCAUAAAGUUGCCAUCACGUAUGGCACUUCUUCUUCGAAAAUCCAGGAAAUUUGCAGUUCAUAUAUUAAAAUCUCAUUGUGAUCAAAUAAAACUUGCACAGAAAUAUGCACAAAGUGAUAUAUUUAAUAAAAAUAAAAUGUCUAAUAUUUCAGAAAGCCAUUAUCAGAUAUCAUUAAAUAAAUUGCCAAUUUUAUCAGGAGCUCUUGGAAUCCUUUAUUGUAAUACAAACAAAACAAUAAAAAUUGGUGAUCAUAAAAUUUGGUUUGGAACAGUUGAAUAUGUGGAAAAUAAAGAUGUAUUUCAAAAGAUGUCAUUAUCAUAUUGUCAAGGGGAUUUUAGAAUAAUUAAAAAGGAUUAA